UUGAAUUUCGGGAUGCAUUUUCACGUGUAUUUUACGUUUUUAUUGGCAGUCCUAGUGCUGUAUGUCGCUAAAGGUACUUUAUGUGAUCAACCCAUGACGUCUGCUAAGAUGCGGGAAGCAACGAUACCGAAGCCCACAAUUGCUUUUAGAAGGGCUGUAGCAGUUGAUGAGAAGGAAAAUAAUUUAACGAACACAAAUUUAUCGAAUAGUUCCGCUCGAAGAAAUUCAUUAACAGAUUUAUGGAGCUGGGAUUAUUGGUGCCAACUACAACCAAAAACUGGAAACUGUUCAAACAAUGUUAUGCGAUAUUACUACGACAUCGAGGUAGCUCAGUGCGUGAACUUCACUUAUAGUGGUUGUGGUGGCAAUAAUAAUAAUUUUGACAGCAAAGUGAACUGCGAAAAAAAUUGUGACGACGCUACUUAUAUGUCACUAAAAGAAGAGAUGCCAAAUUUUUGCUCCCUACAGCCGGAUCCUGGAACGUGUUUAUCACUUCGGACAAAGUACUACUACGACAUUAACAAUCGUGAAUGCAAAGAUUUUCAAUAUGGGGGUUGUGGUGGUAAUCGCAAUAAAUUUGACACUAAACAGUCCUGUCUGCAAGAAUGCAGUGGAUCUUAG